CUUUUAAAGGAAAAUGGGGCAUUGAGAGUGUUGGCAACUUUCCCCGCGCUAUAAUGGCUACUGACACCUAUCUGGUCAACGACGAUCCUUCAAGAGGUCCAGGGAUGCCCGAGUGUUUCCUGGUGUCCGAUACCUACAGGGAUGAAUUCCACCCCUUCAUCGAGGCCCUGCUGCCCCACGUCCGCGCCUUUGCCUACACCUGGUUCAACCUGCAGGCCCGCAAGCGCAAGUACUUCAAGAAGCACGAGAAGCGCAUGUCCAAGGAGGAAGAGCGCGCCGUGAAGGACGAGCUCCUAGGGGAGAAGCCGGAGAUCAAGCAGAAGUGGGCCUCGCGCCUGCUGGCCAAACUCCGCAAGGACAUCCGGCCCGAGUUCCGCGAGGACUUUGUGCUCACCAUCACGGGGAAGAAGCCCCCCUGCUGCGUGCUGUCCAACCCCGACCAGAAGGGCAAGAUCCGCCGCAUCGACUGCCUGCGCCAGGCUGACAAGGUGUGGCGGCUGGACCUGGUGAUGGUCAUCCUGUUCAAGGGCAGCCCCUUGGAGAGCACGGAUGGGGAGCGGCUGGUCAAGUCACCCCAGUGCUCGAACCCUGGCCUCUGUGUCCAGCCGCACCACAUCGGAGUGUCCGUCAAAGAACUGGACCUCUACCUGGCCUACUUCGUCCACACGCCAGAAUCUGGACAAUCAGACAGCUCCAGCCAACAGGGAGACACAGACAUCAAACCGCCGCCCAAUGGGCACCUGAGUUUCCAGGACUGCUUUGUCACCUCAGGGGUGUGGAAUGUGGCAGAGCUGGUGAGAGUUUCACAGACUCCGGUAGCCACAGCGUCAGGUCCUAACUUCUCAUUGGCUGACCUGGACAGCAGUCCUGGCUACUACAACAUCAACCAGGUUGCCCUGGGGCGACGCUCCCUCACCUCUCCUCCCUCCACCAGGUCUGAGGUGGAGUUGUACGCAAACCUUCCACGGAGCUCCACCAAGAGGAAGUCAUUAGAUGACAGCGAGCUGGAGAGCCCCACAGACGACGUUUUCUAUCCUGGACGCUCGCCUGCGGCCGGCUCCUCCCAGUCCAGUGGGUGGCCCAACGACAUGGAUGCAGUGCAGCACCAUUUGGCGAGUGUGCAGGAGAGGAAGAUAAAACAUGAAAACGAUGGCGUGCAGUUUCCUUACCAUGGACUGUCCUCGCCUGGUUCUCUUAAGAAGCCGGGGAAGUUUGAUUUCAACGCCCUGUCUUCCCAGACGAGGUCCCCCCGCAUGGCGUUCACACACCACCCGCUGCCCGUGCUGGCAGGAGUGAGACCAGGGAGCCCCCGUGCCUCAGCCUCAGCCCUGCACUUCCCCUCCUCCUCCAUCAUCCAGCAGUCCAGCCCCUACUUCACCCACCCCACCAUCCGCUACCACCACCACCAGGACCCGCUCAAGGAGUUUGUGCAGUUCGUCUGCACCGAUGGCGGGGGACAGCCCAGUGCGCAGCCAAAUGGAGGUGGCCAGAGCAAAAUGCCAGGCUCCUUCCUGCUGCCCCCACCGCCUCCAGUGGCACGCCCUGUGCCCCUCCCAAUGCCCGACUCUAAAACCAUCAGCACGCCCACUGACGGUGGACUCAGCUCACCCACGUCUCCGUCAUACUCCACGCCAGGCUCCACAGCUCCCAACCGGUUUGUCAGCAUCGGAGCACGGGACAACUUUCUGAAUAUCCCCCAGCAGACUCAGUCCUGGUUCCUCUGACGAUGCCUCUCUGAAACAACAGCUAAAAUCAUGUCAGAAAAAUUGGAAUCAGAAAAAAAAAACAAACACACAUCAACGCUGAUAACAGACUGCUGACACUAAAAGGUCUCCUCUCACCAACACUUCAAACUACUACUACAGA